GUACCCGGAUAAAUACGUUGUUAAGAACAUGCCAGACCUGUAGGCGGCAGUACUUCCCCCGUUCUUAACCUCGUCCUUCGUCUGAGGUCUUCCGCAAGGAGCAGUAAUUCCGCUUGCAAAAACAAACAAGCAAAAAGCACUUGGACAAUUGAUAAAGCGAGCGCAGAUAUGAGGGCAUCCAUGAUGCCGGCUAGUGUAAACACAGGUCACACACGUGAUGUCAGCAUUUUUUGUUGCGGAAAGUGACGUUGCGGACCUUAAAACUCCGGUUUUGUCUGUCCACACGCAGACACCCAAAACGGAGAAAACGCAGAUCUUCACUUUGGCCGGAGAUCUGUUUUUGUGUGAAAAAACUCUGUUUUCGUGUGGAUGACAGGCCAAAACGUAGAAAAAUGUCUACGUUUUGGCAGAUCCCCGGCUACGUGUGGACAGGGCCUAAAUGUCAAGAGUGAUAGACAUUGUUAAUCAUUCCACUAAAAGUUUAUGCAUAUUACUCUCUACAUUUAAGCAACCAGGUUUAGAGGAACCAGUUGACAUAACUUGGUUAGUACAUUUAAACAUUUCUUUCUUACAGUGUAUAAGGUAGAACCACCAGCUUCUAAGCCAGCUGGUUUUAAUGAGUGUUCACAUUUACGCACAUUUGAUCCAAAGAAUAACAAAGGUGAAGGCCCACAGUGGCAUCCAUCAUGUUCAAACCUAACUAUGAUUACCUAUCUUUUACUUUUCUUUUUUCUUUGUUUGCACUGUACAUAAUUAUUUUUAACACCUUGGAUGUCCUGGAGCUGGGACUCAGAUGGUCUCAUUUGGUGUGAAGGAAUCUGUCCAGACAUCUGAGGAUCAAUCAGACCUAAUAAAUAAAUAAAUAAAUAAGGCUUUCUCUUUACAGCUUGAAAAACAAGGUCACACUCUUUUUGACCACACGAGGCCCGUUUCCACUAUCGGAACUUCUGGGUAAUUUUACCGGACCUUCGUAGCAUGGGAGGAUUAAUUUCUGGGCCAUUUCAGGAACCAACGGAGUACCUGAACUAGGAUUUGUACUCAAACCUGUACAGUUGCUGGGUGGGACUUGAGGUUUUUGUAUUUUUUCGUAUUUGUAUUUAUUUUUCCGUCAUAACAAUACAUAUAAAACACGUGAAAAGGAAAAUAAUUAUCUAAUAAAGAUCAUAAUAAUAAUUGUCACAAGUACAACUUCCUCUUAUAAAUUAAACAGUUUCUUUAGAUAUAAUUUAUGAACGAAAAGGUAUAAGCUGAAGUUAAACUUGUUUAAGCCUACCCAUUAAUUCAUUACAAAACCCAUUAAUUUACAAAAAAUCAACAGUGUCAUAAAUAUCAAAAGUAAAUAAACAUGUAAACAAUACAGUUAUUACAUGCAUCAUCCUAAUUUCAACAAAAUCAGUCAAGAGGUAUAAACGUGUGACGAAACUAAUUUUGGUGUACUUGGUAAUUACUUAAUACCUGCAUCAUCUUAAAGCUCAAGCUGAUUGGUUGUAGCUCAGUAGGAAUUAAAUUGAAUUGAAGGAACAUUCUUGCUGGUUUAAAAACACUGUUUCUGAACUCCCGACGCUGAAAAGUACUGCUAUCACAGUGAGUGAUUAACAGGCAUCUGCAGCACCUGAUGUCCUCCCGAGGAGCCGAUGUGAAUCAGGUGUGCUGAAGCAAAGGCAUGGAAACAUGUAGGACAGUGGGCCCUGGAACCUGGGUUGGGAAACCCUGUAACAGAACACUGUAAAAGAAACGGCGCAUCGUCUGGUCAUUGAACGCCAUUUUUUACAACACACAGCCACCCUUGCGGUCCCCCGAAUGAAACACACUAAGGCGUACUUCAACAGAAUAAAGCUUUUAAUUUUAUUAAUGUCCUUGGAGGCCGUUGAUGGCUGGGCAGCAGUAGCUCAGGAAGUGGAGCUGGUUGUCAAAAAAAUUGAAGGUUGUAGGAUAGAUCUCGGCUCCCAGCAGAGAACUUUGCCGUUGUGUCCUUGAGCAAGACACUGGUGGUCAGAGGGGCCGGUGGCGCAGCCUUGCUUCCAUCAUUGCACCCCAGGGCAGCUGUCGGUACAUUGUAGCUGAUUACCACCAAUGUGUGAAUGUGUGUUUGCAUGGGUAACCCUAGAGGGCGCUAUACAAAUACAGGCCAUUCACCAUUUAUCAGUGCUGUUCGCUGCUUAAAUAGUUGAUAUGCUGACGUUUUAGCAAAGUUCUUUAAGGGUUCAUUUUUAUUUUAUACAACGUCUGAGAGGACCGAACCAUCUAUCUCCCGGUCCCUUUAUCCCCUCCCAGAUGUUUCCCAGAGCUCCUACAGUGGAAACGUGGCUACUGUCUGGCCUCUUUUGGGUUGUAUGUGGCUUAAUUCCUUCUGUCACUACUUAUCCCUUAUUUCAGUGCAUGAGAAAACUGAGGUUUAUUCGUUUUAAAUGAUCCAACACAUCACGUUUUCCUGUCUUUUGACGGGCUAAAGCAUUAGCUUACAGGCACCACUUGUUUUAACUCCUUCGAUUAGCUCUAAUCGCUAUCACCGAGCCUCUCUUUGACUUCUUCUCACAUAAAUUCAGACGCACACAAACAGUUGAUCUCAUGUAAAAGCGGCAUUUCGGUGUAAACCUUUCUCACCAUGUUUAGAGGAGAGACAUGCUGAAACAACUUUUAAAAAAAUGGUUAUCAUAUCUGCUUUCAGUUAUCACAUUUCUGAGGCAGGCUACAAUGAAGACAAACCAGACGGACUGAGGCCCACGUCUUGUGGGAACUCUGCCUUGCUGUGAAUGUAUGAACAUCACUCCGCCACACAUGCUCACCAACAUGCUGUCUGCUUUAUACAGUGCCACUACUGACUUCUGCAGAGAGAAACUCUUUAGUACUUAUUUUUAUUAUUAUGUUUUAUUUUAUUUUAUUUAUUUUUUUUGCAGGAUGGGACAUUUUCUCAAUGCACUGCAGAGGACUUUUCUAGAUUUUUGCAUUUAGUUGCUGACUAACUUCAUGAAGGAAAGUAACAGAUAUCCACAAAAUGAGCAUGCAUACCUUACAAGCAGAUGCAACAAAAAGUCCACUUCACUGCCUUCUUCUCGUUGUUUUUGCAAUAGAGUACAUUAGCACUGUUUCCCAUUGUCAUUAUUUAUGACAAUAAACAACAAUAUUGUAUUCCUCUGGAAUUAUCGCAAGACAUAAAUGUAAACCUUUGUAAGGAAUCAUGAUUUUUACACUGAGAUGCAACAUAUGAUUAUCACGUUUAUGGAGGAACUAUAUAGAGCGUGAAAAAAACGGGUUUAUUAGACCUACAGUUGGGUGUCUUCAAGUGUAACAUGUACUGUAUAAAAAGAUUUCUUUUCUGUAUGUUCUCUUGUCAAGGCUUGUUUCUUCAUGAAGAUUUCAUCUUAGCUCCUUUGCAAAGUAAAAUGAAUGUGCACAUGAUCACAGGUCUUAGGAGGUUGGCUAGUUUCAGUUGAUGGUGAUGAUACAUUUUAAUCCCAAAACAUUCAUUAAAAAAGUAAAUGCAUA